AAUCGUGGUAUUUUUUAUAAUAAUACAAUUAUAAAACAAAAAUCGACUGAAUAAAAUCCCCUAAACCUAUUCCACCACAGUUGGCUAUUCAGCAUAGCCCCUCCCAAUCUCCUGCGCUCCUCUCAUGGCCGCCACCGCAGCUUCCGCCGCCACGCGGUCCUACUCCGCCUUCCCAACCCCCUCCCCCACCCGCCUCUCACCAUGCUCCACUCCGCUCUUCCUCAAAACCAACCAGAAACCCCUCCACAUCACCCACUCCAAGAAUCCAAUUGCAGAUAUAAUCUCAACCCACAAAAGUUCAGAAAACGUACCGUUUCUCGACGCAGAUGACGACGAUAAGCCGCGGGAAGAGUGCGGCGUGGUUGGAAUCUACGGCGACCCGGAGGCCUCCCGCCUCUCCUACUUGGCCCUGCACGCGCUCCAGCACCGUGGUCAGGAGGGCGCCGGAAUCGUCGCUGUUAACAACGGCGUUCUCCAAUCCCUCACCGGCGUCGGUCUCGUCUCAGAGGUUUUUAAUCAAUCGAAACUGGAUAAACUUCCUGGCGACAUGGCGAUAGGCCACGUCAGAUACUCGACAGCUGGCUCCUCGAUGCUAAAAAACGUCCAGCCGUUCGUCGCCGGCUAUAGAUACGGCUCCGUCGGCGUGGCACACAAUGGCAAUUUGGUGAAUUACCAAUCACUGCGAGCGCAGCUGGAGGAGAACGGCUCAAUUUUCAACACGAGCUCGGAUACAGAGGCCGUUCUACACCUAAUUGCGACUUCGAAGGCGAGGCCGUUUUUUCUGAGGAUUGUGGAUGCCUGCGAGAAGCUGGAGGGAGCUUACUCGAUGGUGUUUGUGACGGAGGAUAAAUUGGUGGCGGUGCGCGAUCCAUACGGCUUCCGGCCGCUGGUCAUGGGGCGGCGGAGCAACGGCGCGGUGGUUUUCGCCUCCGAAACGUGCGCGCUUGACCUGAUCGACGCGACUUACGAGAGAGAGGUCUUCCCCGGCGAGGUUGUCGUCGUGGAUAAGGACGGCGUACAGUCGCUCUGCCUGAUGCCGCAUCCGCAGCCGAAAUCGUGCAUCUUCGAGCACAUCUACUUCGCGCUCCCCAAUUCUGUCGUAUUCGGCCGAUCAGUGUACGAAUCGCGCCGCGCUUUCGGCGAGAUCCUGGCGACGGAAGCGCCUGUCGAUUGUGACGUCGUGAUCGCGGUGCCUGAUUCCGGCGUCGUGGCGGCGCUCGGAUACGCGGAGAAGGCUGGAGUUCCGUUCCAGCAAGGGCUGAUCAGGUCGCACUACGUCGGCCGGACGUUCAUCGAGCCGUCGCAGAAAAUUAGGGAUUUCGGUGUGAAAUUGAAGCUCUCGCCAGUGAGAGCAGUGCUAGAGGGAAAGCGUGUGGUGGUGGUGGAUGAUUCGAUCGUGAGAGGCACCACCUCCUCUAAAAUCGUGAGAUUGCUGAAGGAGUCGGGGGCGAAGGAGGUGCACAUGAGGAUCGCCAGCCCUCCGAUCAUCGCUUCGUGCUAUUACGGCGUCGACACGCCGAGCUCCGAGGAACUGAUCUCGAAUAGGAUGGACGUGGAGGAGAUCAGGCAGUUCAUCGGAUCGGACUCACUGGCGUUUCUACCGAUGGAGAAAUUGCAGAAGCAGAUGGGAGGCGAUGCGCCGUCGUACUGCUACGCGUGCUUCUCCGGCAAUUAUCCGGUGCAUCCGACGGGAAAGGUGAAGAGAGUUGGGGAUUUCGUCGACGAUGGACUGAGCGGCAGCGUGGAUGACGGCUGGUUAAAGGAGAGUAGAAAGGGGGCCGGAGUGGAUGUAUCGAAAUUGGAGUGGAAAAAGGAGGUCUUCAAUUCCUAGAAUACGGAUUAGAAAUCAUAAUCCUUCAAUUCGUCACGAACGAACAAUACUUAUUAACUGUUUUUUUCCUUCUUUUUUAGUACUACUAUUUUUUAAUACUCCA